ACUUACUAGAGUAUUUUGUAUUUAUAUCACACAAGACCGUGCAUAACUAAAGUGAUUCAUUUCUCUCUCUUCCUGGCACUAAUAGGCUUCUAUACAUUCUCCACUUACACCAAUCAUAACAAUAGGAGUGGGCGGGGCCACGUCGGGUUAGGUUGUCACUCUCAUUGGGUAAAUAACAAACCACCCACUUACUCUGUAGCCUACCGCUGGGGACCCACGAGAAGUUUAACGUUAGCGAAGCUCCACGAAAAUGACCCCGAGGUGAGCGGAGAUGACACACACGAAGCUCACGAAAGCGACGUCGCCGGGUGUCUGAUAAGCAGCGGACCCUUACGUGUGUGCGGUUCGGGCUCGUACUUUGUCAGCCCACCUGCACUCGGGGUUGUGGCAGCUAGCGGAGAUCGUUAGCCGCUAACUACCGCCGCUAGCGGGCUAACUACUAACAUUAGCGAAGUGAACAAGUCGCGCCGUGUGAUGCUAACGACGCCGAGGCUACUUUUGGAGGCUUGCUGAGUUGGAUAUAUUCCCGGGAGGGACUCGUUGCCACCGGAGCUGGUGUUACCAACGCCGGAGCCAGCUACCUUGUUGUGCUUCUCCCCUGCCCUCUUCUCGCUGUUGGCGGAGCGUCCUGUGACUGCACACCUCUGCUCCGAGUCCGAGCAUGCUAGCGACCGCUGCAGACAGCUAGUGUUGUCACCUUAGCUCACGAACCAUCACAGUUUUUUUUUUUUUUUUCCCCCAUUUGUGAGUAGAUGCUAUCACUGGUACGAGCUUUGGGAGACAGACGGAGUCGUAUCAUCCCACCGUGACGCCUGUAUAUGAAGUAAAUGUACUUUGAUGUCGUAUCACCCGACAGCUAGUAGUCCCUCCAGAAGAACCAGGCGCGGAGCAUGCAGGAGAAGAAAAGACUUCAGAUAAGUAGAUAGGGGACGUCGGACACAACCGAGUUACAUUGGACUGUGUGGUUAACUUACCACCAAACAGGGACUGCUUUUGGUGGCCGGACUGACAGAGAAAGUAAAGGAUGAAGAAGUUUUCCAGAAUGCCAAAGUCCGAGAGCGGCGGGCUCGGAGGGGCGUCCGGGUCCGGCUCCAGCUCCGGAGUCAGCAGCUACUUCGGGAAAGUGUUUGCAGUCGGCCGGUAUCAAGUCACCGUGGAAGAGCUUGUCGCAGAGGGAGGCUUCUCAGUGGUAUUUCUGGCUCGAACGCACAGUGGCGUCCGCUGUGCUCUUAAAAGGAUGUACGUCAACAACGUCCCGGACCUAAAUGUCUACAAGAGAGAGAUCACUAUCAUGAAGGAGCUGUCGGGCCAUAAAAACAUUGUCGGCUACCUGGACUCCACAAUCAAUGCAGUGUCGGACAGUGUCUGGGAGGUCCUGAUCCUCAUGGAGUACUGUAAAGCGGGUCAGGUUGUGAAGCAGAUGAACCAGCGGUUGAAUGUGGGCUUCACUGAGGCUGAGGUCCUCCACAUUUUCUGUGAUGCCUGCGAGGCUGUGGCUCGUCUGCACCAAUGCAAGACACCCAUCAUCCACAGAGACCUCAAGGUUGAAAACAUCCUGCUAAACGACCAGGGAAAUUAUGUGCUGUGUGACUUCGGCAGUGCCACUCACAAGGUUUUGCUGCCACAAAAAGACGGAGUGACUGCUGUGGAGGACGAGAUUAAGAAGUACACGACCCUUUCGUAUCGCUCGCCGGAGAUGAUUAACUUGUAUGCAGCACUUGGAUGCUUGUUGUACAAGCUGUGUUUCUUCGCACUUCCAUUUGGGGAGAGUCAAGUUGCCAUAUGUGACGGAACCUUUAUUGUUCCAGAUAACUCAAAAUUCUCCUUCAAGUUGCACUGUUUAAUCAGAUAUAUGCUCGAACCAGACCAGGAGAAGAGACCAGACAUUUACCAAGUGUCCUACUUUGCCUUCAAGUUAGCUGGAAAAGACUGUCCAGUGCCAAAUCUCUUUAACUCUCCCAUCCCUACGUCGCUCCCAGAGCCUCUAACAGCUAGUGAGGUUGCUGCUAAGAAAAGCAUGACAAAAGCCAGGAUAACAGACUCUGUGGGCCCAACGGAAACAUCAAUAGCUCCCAGACAGAGGCCAAAAGCGGCAAACAGUAACGUCUUGCCUCUCGCCAACACUGUCACCCCUGUCAAGAUGACCGUGCCUUCAGCACCCGUCAGCAAUGGCCAGAAAGCUCCCACCCCUGGCUCAGGGCAGCCAUCCGUGCAGGCCCAGCCCAGCAGUCAGCAGCACCGAGUCCUGCAGCAACUACAGCCUGGUGACCUGCGUCUGCAGCAACUACAACAACAACAACAACAACAACAACAUCACCACCAACAAGCAGUGCAGCAACAACAUAUAAAUGCACAGCAACUCCAAUACCUCCAGUACCAACAGGCUGUGCAGCAGUCCCUCCAGCUUCAGCAGCAGCAGGCCCUCCUCCAGCAGCAGCAGCAGCAGCAGAUGAUGAUGCAGCCGAUGUACCAGCAGCAGGUUGCCCAGGCCCGGGCUCAGGCUCAGGCUCAGGCUCAGGCUCAGGCUCAGUACCAGUACGCAGCCAUGCUGCACCAGUACCAACAGGCUUUUGUCCAGCAGCAGCAACAACAACAGCAGCAGCAGCAUCAUCCCGCUCAGCAGCCUCUCCCCUAUAUGUCCUCCCCUCUUGAGUUCCAGAUCCCACUUGGUUCCUAUAAUGCGACCACGCCCACUGCUGGAGCUGGAACUCGCCAAAUCGGGGGACCGUCACCUGUGGAUUCCUCAUACACUAACCCCAGUAGAAACUCUCUGCUUACUUCAGAUGGGAUUACGCCACCCUCUCAUAGCUGCAACAGUACAGUCAGUAACCCCCCUGACAUGUCGGGUUGGAACCCUUUCGGAGAGGACAACUUCUCCAAGUUGACAGAGGAGGAGCUGCUUGAUCGGGAGUUUGACAUGCUCAGAGCAAAUAAACCAGUGGAGAGAACAGCCAGUGUGGAAACUGACCUACCGCAGCCUGCUGCCUCCACUGCCAAGCCCCUCCCACCACAGGACCUGUUCGGCUCAGUCCCGUUUGUGGCCAGCGCAGGCACCGAUGUGAUAGAGACUGAGCAGACCAACGAGGAAGUCAGCAUUCCUACCCCCGUCUCAACCACUGCACAAGAUCUGCAGCCGGCGACGGUCAAGGAGCACAAACCAGGCAAAAAGAGCAACUGCAGACCAGGCGAAGAAUCCGACAGCGACUUCGAGUCCGACCCUCCUUCACCAAAAAGCAGCGAGGAAGAAGAGCCGGAGGAGGAAGAGGGCCUGAACAGCGAGCACGGUGAAGACACUGAGCCAGAGAAUUUAGGACAGAGGCCUCUGCUGAUGGACUCUGAAGAAGAGGGAGAGGAGGAUGAAGACAAGCACAGCUCUGACUCGGACUACGAUCCCAGCAGGGUCAAGAGCCGCUCAAAGAAGGCUCCGGCAGGUAAAGCAGCUUCGGCCGCCACCAGAAAGAGUCCUCGGGAGGAUUCUGGCAUGACUCUGAUCACCCCUCCUGAGUCGCCCAGCGGAGCGAGAGCUGCCCUGGCUGUGGAUCCUGUGGAUGUUUUCGGUGCUGUUCCUUUCCUCAAAGGAGCCUCACCUGUCGGGCCUCCAGAAAGCUCAGACAUCUUUGCCAAAGCGCCAUUCAGGCAAGUUAGCCAUGAGCAGAAAGCUGGGGACGAGUUUGAUGUUUUUACCAAAGCGCCAUUCAGCCGGAACCUCUCCAAGUCAGGCAAGAGUGGCAGUGAUGUUCCCAUGGGGCAAACACCGCCCAUUUCCCCCGAGGGCAUUGACAUCUUCGGCUUCUCUCCCUUCCAGCCGGGCCCCACUGAACCGCCUCCCACCACCUCUAGAAGUGCAGAAGAUAUCUUCCACACGUCCUUUGAGGAGUCAGCCAGCCCUCAGCAACAGCGGCUGAAGCAGCGCAGCCUCCAGAAGCUGUCGUCACGCCAGAGAAAAACCAAGCAGGAGUCCACAGCAGGCGGCAGCAACGGCAAACGCCACCACGGUACGCCAACUGGAGGCCGCAAGACCAACAAGCCAACUUACCGCACACCUGAGCGAGUUCGCCGACACAAGAAGGUUGGCCGGAGAGACUCACAGAGCAGCAAUGAGUUCCUUAGCACCUCGGACUCUAAAGAGAACAUCAGUGUUGAUAUAACCAUGGCUGAAGGGAAAGACAAAGGAGCUUCUCUGCCGGUAGAUGAGGCCCUUUUAGACCCAUUUGGAGCCAAACCUUUCCAUCCUCAGGACGGCAGCCGACACGGCCAGUAUCAGGGACUCCCUGAUAGCAAGAGUGACAUGGGCACAGCCAAUGGCAAGUCCUGGACUGGUUCUCUUCACGGUGCUCUCGGAGAAAGCAAAAUAAUGGAUGAUUUUGGGGCGGUGCCCUUCACAGAAAUGGUCCACGGUGGACCGCAGCAGCCGCCGCCGCCGCCGCCCUCGCAGCUGGGGGAGCUCGACCCUUUUGGACCUCGGAACCGUUUGGAGCUAGACCCGUUCGGAGCUGCACCUUUUCCCUCGAAGCAGUGACUUCUACUCUGCCAGUUGCUGUUAAAUAACCCCUAAGCUUUUUUUUUUUUUUUGUUGCUUGGGAACAACCAAUCAUAAACCAAGAAGCUAACAAUGCCCUAACACUUUUUUUUUAAAGAACAUUUUAAUACAUCUCUCAGUUUCAAUAACAAAAGCCCAAAUCCUGUGGAGUGUGUGAUGUUUCCACAUAUCUUUCAGCUGUACCUGUUUGCUGAGAAGCCUUUAAUGCUGCAUCCUUAACGCUUGUAAAGACGUUUGAACAUGGAGAAAUGGAAAACCCACUCGAAAUUGUACUGUGAUUUUAAGCUUAACGUUUGACAGCUUGACUCUCUGCAAAAAGCGCUAUGGCCUGCCUUCUGAUCUACCAAUGUGUUAUUUUUAGCACCACAAAGCCUUACCUGAGCUGGGCUCUGCCUUGCUGCACAGUACCUCGGAAAAACCACGGCACAAUCGGCCUGCGUCGCCUUUCAUGUCGGUGGAAUCGAUAGGGAGUCGACCUUAACCACUUCGUUUUGUCCUUAUUAGACCUCCCUCUAUGCAUAAUUUCACAGUAGUCUUUACGCAGCCAGAUGUGGCUGUUGUUUGUGUUGCAUUACACUUUAAAUACUAGAAGGGAUCUAAUUUUAUUGUACUUCCUUAAAAAGUUGGAUCUGUUAAUUGGGUCAGGUUUAAAUUUAGGCUCUUAACUGUAGCUGUAAACUUCUAUGUAAGUACUGUUAACUUUAUUUUUUAUGAAGUUACAACUCAACACAUUGUUAGAAAUAAAUAAAACACAAGACACAACACAACACAGAUCACUAGUCUAGGUUUACGUUUUAAGAACUUCGACCCUUACAGAAACUGGCAAGCUGUACUGCUAUUUUCUCAGCAAUGUACAUGCUCCUGACAUUAGAUGUCAUAAUGUUUUUAGAAUAAUUUAUGCUUAAAAAUAUUUAAUUGCACCAUUGUUAAAGGAUAAGGCUGGUGGUGUUCCAUAUAUUUUGUUAUUGUCAACAAAUUCCAUAAAAUGACCAAACACAACAAUGUGUUAGUCCAUCUCAAUACUUUGACUUCCCUACCCUGUCUGUGGCACAGUGGUUCCUACUGAAGACAUACAUUUAAAGGAACUGAUGAAUAAUGUUUACUGAACUAUGCUCAUUUCAGAACAGGACUCCAGGAAGUUAUUUCACCCGCCCAAGAAAUAGUUUUCUGUAAUGGAUUUUGUUACCCUUGACAGAGACAGGCUAGCAGUUUUCCCCUGCUUUCAGUCUUUAUGCUAAGCUAACCAGCUUCAUAGUGAAAAGAUAGAUGUGAGACACGUAUGGUUAUUUUGAAUUCACACACAAAAUACUAGUCACAGAAUUGGUUUGUUAUUGGUUUUGGUCUUUUCAUGUGAUUUGCUGACAACAACAACAAUAUGGAAUACCAUCAGGUAUUCUUUGACAGAUCUUUCCACUACAGAAUGUGAAUUGGCGUAUUCAUAAAGGGAAGAAACAUUGAAGAGUGUCAUGCAAAUUCAGGUCAUUUGUCUUCAGGAGUGCAGUUUUCAAUGCCGAAUUCUUCCAUGAACUAUUCCCUUGUGCUCUACAUUGGCGGCCUUAAGCACUGCAUUACCUACACACCCAUUGGCACAUUUGUUUGAACCUGCAGGUUGCUGUGUUUUCACCAGUGGAACCAUUUGAUCCAACGAUUUUCCACCCCUACCACCACCACAAGGGUAAAUCUUAUAUUGUAUUUAUCAUGCUAUACUGCUGUUUGAUGCAAUAAAAAGAGUCAUCUCA